AUGGUAAAAGUAGAAGUGCUAUUGGUAGAAAAGAUAGUAAGAGUGGUAGGAGAGGCGAUCGUGCUAAAAGAGAUGGCAAUGAUACAUCGAGCUCGACCUCAUCAUCAACCUCCCCAGAUUCCCGGAGGUGAGAAGUGUCCAAUUCGUUGCCUCACCUUUAUACGGGCCCUAAAAGUGGAAGUAGAAUUAGAAGUAGAUUCUAUUGUGGCUGUCAAUGCCGUUUAUUCCAAAGGUGUGCCCGUCUAUCCAGAUGGACAAGUCAUCUCUUUGAUUCAGGAGCUUCCACAAACGCCUUAG